AUGUUUGACAUCUUUGCGGUGCAGGGACCCCCCGCACGCACCCAGGCAGAUUUGAAGACUCCCAGCGAUUUUGAGCGGAAAAUUGUGAGAGCCUCUCACACAAGGCCAUGUGACGAGUGUGGAGAGCUGGACCCGUUUUCGAUGGGGGCGGUCUUCUGGGAGGAGCCAUUUAGCUUGGGCAUGGGCAAGAGCAACUUCAUGCGCAAGUCUGUCUGGAAGCCAGACCAGCAUACGAGGCCAUGCGACAUUUGCCGGUCAUGUGCCCCAUUCAGGGACUACAGGGCAACUUUCUAUGAAGAGCCCUAUGAUGAUGGCAAGGACACGCAGUACACCUAUGGCUUUGAGCCCACGUGGGACAAUGGUUACUACUCUGCGGGCAAGUACUGUGAUGAAGAUCCAGAUGUCGAAGAACCGGAGUAUGAUUCUGGAGAUGUCGAGGCAGCAGACGAGGGGGAUGGAGAGGACGAGGAAGACACUAGCGAUGAGGAAGAGGACAGCGAUCACUCACAGGUGAAUGUGUGCACCGAUUUGGCGCUGGUGCCGGGGCAGUCGGUGACCACGCUGUUGCCUGUCUACCGCGACGUGCGCAGGGGCCGCGCUGCACCCGUCGCACCAGCUACCCCGCAGCCUCAGCCCUGGGGCGAUGCCUCGGUCGGUGCAGCAGCGCGUGCCCCCUACAACCCCACAGCCCACAACUCAGGCUGGGCAGGCCAGAGGUUGCAGUUGUCAGCCCACAGCUGGGACACGCAAGCGUAA